GUGACCAAGAUCAUCACAAGCGGAGGAAGACGGCUCCCCCACCUGAUAUUCCUAGAACAGAUGUGCUAAUUCAAUUUACUGGAAUUGUGCUCUACAUUAUCUUCAUUAAAGAUGAACAUUGAAAAAGAUCAGAAUUAUGAAUGUGAUGAAAACAUAGAAAAUGACUUACUACAAGACAUUACUAAAAAUGUUUUAGCAGGAAAAACUCCCAACGAGUCUUUCUCUAAUUCAAAAAUGCUUUUGAUUAAUGAACAGAAAAAUCCAUUGAAAAAAACCGAAGAGAAUGGCUUAGCUAAACGGCCAUUAUCCCAAACAGCUGAUCAAGAACUUAGUGAAACAACUAUAGUUGAAAAUGAACCUAUCUCAAAAAGAUUAAAGCUGGCUGUUACAAAAGAGAAUGAAGGGAACCUAUCUGAUGCUACAACAUGUGAAUAUACUGUUGAUGGGACAAAUAAUGCCAUAGAAAAAGUGGCUAAAAAUACCCCUCCCAGUAGAUGUUCAUUUAUAUCAAAUUCUUCACAUGAAUUUGUGCCUGAAGAUGAUAAUACUGUGCAGAUAACACAUACAGAAAACGAACAUUCUCCAGAGAAUGAAAUACUUCCAGAAUGCAGAUCAUCUAUCUUAGAUGAUUCAACUAGCAUUAAUUAUACAACAAGUAGUAUUAUGAAUGUUUCAAAAUGCAAAACCUGUGAGAAGCUUUUUUCUUCUGCUCUUGAUCUAGAAAAGCAUAUUCAGGAAAAUCACCUUAAGCAAUCAAAAGAAAAAGUGAUCUUGCAUUGUACUUCUAAAUCAGAGCAUACUUCACCUUUGCAAACACACAUCAGGCAGACUUCUGGCCAACUUACAUAUUUUUGUGAUCUCUGUGGUUAUCAGACCUUUAAGGAAGCUCUCCUACAAGCUCAUUUUCUUGGCAAGACACACCUAAGACGGCAGAAUCUUGCUGCCCAUGGUGGAUUUGUGAAGAUAUUAACAAAAAAAUCCUUUUGUAAAAAACAGCGGUAUCCAAUCAAAGAAAAGAAUGUAGGAACAAAAUUGGCACUUAAUAAACCAAAAAUAAAGGAUGAAAUUUCAGAUCAUUUAAGAAUUUCAGGCAAUAAGGUAGAGAACUUGAAAGAAAACUGCCAACUUCUAGUUGAAAUGAUACCAUCUACUGAAACAACAGAAAAUAUUACUAGGGAAGAAGCCUUUUUCUGGAAAGUGGAUGGAAAUGGUGAAAUCCUACCUGAAAAAUCAGAUGUAUCAGAGUCUUCAGAAUGCGAUCCAUGUGUAUUGAAACCUGCCAAAAGUAGUCAAGUCACAGCUUGCAACUUAAGGACCACAGGGGUAUUUGGUAGUUUCCACCAAAAAAGAAGAAUCCUAUCACGAAGAAUAACUUUCAGGCAAAGUAAUUCAUUCAGAAUAAAUCAACAGAUUAAAAGAAGAUAUAAUCUUUUAGGCAUUGGUAAAAAAAGUAAGCUUGGUUCUAGCACGAAGCAUUGCAUUCGAGGGGAGCUGCAUCAGAGUGAUUUAUCACAGGCCAAAGUUUUACAAACUGAAGGUGAUGGUAAGCAUUUCUAUGCAGGUAUCCCAGAAAUAGCAGCAUUACAUCAAGAUGAAAAAGAUACACAUUCCUGUGUUAUCCUGGAGCAUGAGAAUGCUUCGGAAAAAGAACUUGAUGAGCGGAAAACACUAGAUCCUGGUAACCAUUGUGGAUCUACUUUGUCAAAUAAAGAAGACCUGAAAUUGGAUACUGAUAAAACUAAUGGUGAAUUUAAACUCCAUUGUCAAAUAUGUGGGUAUUCCUCAGACAGAAAGGACUCAGAAUGUGAUUGUCAAAAGAAUAAUCAUCAUAUAGGCAAUUGCAAGGUAAAUUGCCCUCAAUGUUCAUUUCUUGCCCCAAAUGACAUAAGCCUUGGGAAACACAUGUGUGAUGAGCAUGGCAUGGCCUUCUCCUGUUCUGCUUGUUGCAUGUAUUUUCUAACCAAAGAAGAAGUAGCAGCUCAUAAUGCAGCUGAGCAUCAUACUGAUAUAUUGCCUCAAGGAAAUGCUAUUCAGUCACUUAAGAGUGAUUUGGCUCUGCAAGCAACAUCUUGCCUUUCAGUGGAACUUCCAAAGGUUGUAGAAUCGAAAACACAGCAAGAAAACCCGAAGCUUUCAAUGGUACAUCCUGGUAGCGAGUUCAAGGAGUCUGUUUUGAGCAGAAGUCAGUUUCAGUGUAAAAAAUGUUUUUAUAAAACAAGGUCUUCUUCUGUGCUUACAAGACACAUAAAACUUCGACAUGCUCAGGAAUAUCAUUUCCUUUGUAAAGCAUGUAACCUUUAUUCAUUAAGCAAAGAAGGAAUGGAAAAACACAUAAAACGAAGUAAACACCUUGAAAAUGCCAGAAAAAAUAAUAUUGGUUUACGAUUUGAGGAAUGUAUUGAAAAGUUAUGUGUAGGUGGAACAGAUGGUAAAAAAGGAACAGAAACUCCUGUUUGUGGAAGUUUAAAGACAGUAUCAGAAAAUGAGAGUGUACGUGCACCCUUCUCUUCUCUGGAGAAGGUAUCGAUAAAUAAAGAGCUAUACCCAUCAAAUGAAACUAUUAAGGACAGUGAAUUGAUUCUUGGCAGUGUGCAAAAGAAAGGUAAACCCAAAGGGACACUUUCUCGGACAUGUCCUCACUGUGGUUUAUUAGCUUCUAGUGUAACAAACUUGACUGUUCACAUUCGCCGAAAGCAUAGCCACCAGUACAGCUAUUUAUGCAAAGUAUGUAAUUACUAUACUGUAACUAAAGGUGAUAUGGAACGUCACUGCGCUACAAAGAAGCAUAAAGGCCGCCUGGAAGCCAAUGGAGAGAAAAAUGUAGAGUUUAUUGUUUGCCCAGAAGAAGACAAUAGUGAAGCCAAGCUCAAGAAAAUAAACAAUCCAUUAAGCCUUUCAAAUGAAUCUGUAGAUUCUAAUGAUCAGUCUUCAGAGACGGACCAAGCUAUUUUGGAAAGCAAGGGAGAUGAACAGGAUACUGCCAUCCAAUUAAAAGUCAAAAAUAUAAUUCACCUUUCCAAAAUAGAUAGAGAUAGAAACUUUUCUGAAACACAGCAUGCAGUUGCAGAAUCAGGUAACAUUAGCCAAGAUAAAAAUAUGCUAGUUCAAACAAGACUGGCAACUGCAAAUGACAAUAAGUGUGCUCAUUGUAACUUCAUUGCACAUUCUUUUUCUUCCCUGGAAGUACAUAUAAAACGCAAGCACACUAAAGAAUUUGAAUACUAUUGCAUGGCCUGUGACUAUUAUGCAGUUACUCGCCGAGAGAUGAUUAGGCACGCAGCAACAGAAAAGCAUAAAAUUAAAAGACAAUCGUAUAUAUGUGCUUCCUCUGGAGAGGCGACAGAUGUAGCAAAUAUUGCCAAAGUAACUGCUAUUGUGUCUGAAGAACAGCAAACUACAGAAGAGCCUCAGAUUACACUGGAUGAAACAAGGUACAAAAAUAAUAUUGAAGAAGAAAGCCCAGACAGUCAGGUCAUGUGUAAAGUAAACAAGUCACCUACUUAUUUGGCAUUAGAAGAUAGUGUUGCUUCAAAGGUGUCUAAGGAAGAUUAUGUUCUUGAGGCUGUAGAUGCUGAAACUGAAGAUGGAACUGAUCAAGGCAGGGAAAAUACAAGUGAAGAAACUGAUCAGAAUAUAGGUCUUAAACUCAAUGAGAUGGUUGAACUUAAGGAAACAAUUGAUUGUGUUCUGCAUCAAAAUGUAGAUAAUCAGGAAAUCGCAAAAUCAAAUAUUCAUCUGACAACAGAACCUGAAAAUGAAAACACAGCUUUUGAUGAAAUUUCUCCUAACUUGGAUUUAAUGAAAAAUGGGAACAAAUUGGAGGAAGACUCUGAAGAAAGAUACGAAAGUUCAGAAGUAGCUGCUGAAGAAGUGAAAACAGAUGAAACCCAUUUGCCUAUAGUUUCAGACACUGGUAGUGUCCUAGAGCAGCAAAGCAUCAGUGAAAAUAGUGCAAGUUUUAAAGACAUCCAUAUUUUACAGCAACAGAAAAACACUCAACAAUGUCCUACUGCAGAAGAAGAGGGUACCUUGAUAGAUGCACAGCAGGAAACAGGAGUAUCUUUGAAUAACUUUUGGGGUUCAGAUAGUUCAGUAGCUGAAGGCAUGGACAAAAAUGAUACAGCUUUGGAUGUUUUAAACAAUGUUGAUGGCAAAAUAGUAGAUGGAACAGGAAUGCAAAACUGUGGUCAGUUUGAUUCUUCAAUAGUGAAAUUAAACCAUGAAGAUGGUUGUGAACUAGUUGAUCACCCUGUUGAUGGCCAGAACCUGAGUAGGCAAAAGAAUUGUGACAGAGCUAUAAAAGUGGAUUGCCCACAGAAUGAUGGAAAAAAGAAGAAAGUAGAAGGACAUCCUGUGAGGGAAUCUCCACGAAUUCGUUGUGAUGACUGUGGCUUUUUAGCAGAUGGUUUGAGUGGACUAAAUGUUCACAUAGCCAUGAAGCAUCCAUCAAAGGAGAAGCAUUUCCAUUGCUUACUGUGUGGAAAAUCGUUUUAUACUGAGAGCAGCCUUCAUCAGCACCUGGCUAGCGCUGGCCAUAUGAGAAAUGAGCAAGCGAGUGUUGAAGAACUGCCAGAAGGGGGUGCCACCUUUAAAUGUGUGAAAUGCACAGAGCCUUUUGAUUCUGAACAAAAUUUAUUUCUUCACAUAAAAGAACAACAUGAAGAAUUGCUCCGAGAAGUCAAUAAAUAUAUUGUUGAAGAUACUGAACAAAUUGUACGAGAGCGAGAAGAAAAUAAAGGCAAUAUUUGCAAAUAUUGUGGGAAGAUAUGCAGAAGUAGUAAUUCAAUGGCCUUCCUAGCUCAUAUCCGUACCCAUACAGGAUCAAAGCCGUUCAAGUGCAAGAUUUGCCACUUUGCAACAGCUCAACUAGGAGAUGCCAGAAACCAUGUCAAGAGGCACCUUGGGAUGAGGGAAUACAAGUGUCAUAUCUGUGGGGUGGCAUUUGUAAUGAAGAAGCAUUUAAACACACACUUACUAGGAAAACAUGGAGUAGGUACACCAAAAGAAAGGAAAUUUACUUGCCCCUUGUGCAAUCGAAGUUUCACAGAGAAGUGGGCCAUGAACAAUCAUAUGAAACUUCACACAGGAGAAAAGCCCUAUAAGUGCACAUGGCCGACUUGCCAUUAUUCCUUCCUCACAGCAUCAGCCAUGAAAGAUCACUAUCGGACUCAUACAGGCGAGAAGUCAUUCCUGUGUGACCUUUGUGGCUUUGCUGGUGGGACACGUCAUGCCCUCACCAAACAUCGGAGGCAGCAUACAGGAGAGAAGCCAUUUAAAUGUGAUGAAUGUAACUUUGCUUCCACAACCCAGUCCCAUCUGACCCGACACAAACGUGUACAUACUGGGGAAAAACCCUACAGAUGUCCUUGGUGUGACUACAGGUCCAACUGUGCUGAAAAUAUCCGCAAGCAUAUCCUGCACACAGGCAAACAUGAAGGCGUAAAGAUGUACAACUGCCCCAAAUGUGAAUAUGGAACCAAUAUCCCAGUGGAAUUUCGCAAUCACUUGAAAGAACUACAUCCUGACAUUGAGAACCCCGACUUAGCUUACCUGCAUGCUGGUAUAGUUUCUAAGUCUUAUGAAUGCCGGCUGAAGGGUCAAGGAGCUACAUUUGUUGAAACCACCAGCCCUUUUAGUACAUCAGCUCUGGAUGAAAUUUCUCCAGUUAGUGAUAAGAGCCUUCAGGGUAUGAAGAGACAUCCACAGUCCAAUGAGCAAGUCCAGCAGGUGAUUAUUAUUCAGGGCUAUGACAGUGAUUUCACUAUUGAUGCCUCAGUGGAGGAAACAGCAGCAGCUACCCUUCAGACUUUGGCAAUGGCUGGCCAAGUGGCAAGGGUUGUACAUAUAACUGAAGACGGACAAGUUAUAGCUACAAAUCAAAAUGGCUCUCACGUAAGCAGUAUACUUCCAGAACAAAUACUCAAUGAACAGCUGUCAGAUGGGAAAACGCAAGUUGUCGUUGUUGAAGGCUCUGUGGGAGGAACUGCUAUCGAAGAUGCUGUUUCCAUAGGGAUAGCUUCAGACCCAAAUAAUGCAGUAAUGCAACAGAUAAUGAGACAAGAAUCUUUGGAUACAUCAGAAAUUACCAGAGUACACCCACCUGAGUCUGCCUCAGCAUUAGAUGCUUUGCUUUGUGCUGUAACAGAACUUGGUGAAGUGGAGAACAAAGCAGAACUCUUGGGUCGAGCACAGCUUUGUCACAAAGAAGCAUUGCAAAUGUCAGAUCCAGAAGCAGACACUGUUUCUAUUGAUGGCAUGACACAGGAAACACAAAUGUUCCAUGGUGUUCAGGAAAUUGAAGAAGGACAGUCCAUGGAGGUAGUAACACAGGUUGUGCACCCAUCUACCAUAAUUUCAUCUCAGGAAAAUGCUCAAGUUGCCUUCAAGAAAAUGGUUGAAGGAGUCCUCCAGUUUGCUGUAUGUGAUACAGCUGCAGCUGAUCAGCUGAUGAAAGAAGGUGUCACUCAGGUUAUUCUGAAUGAGGAAGGAACUGUGCAUAUGGUAGCUAGAGAAGGAUCUCAAAUAAUAAUGCAAGAAGCUGACAGCCAUACCCUGAGCAUCCAGAGUCAACACAUGGAUUUGGUUGAAGCAGAUGGAGAAAUUUCACAGAUCAUUGUCACAGAGGAAAUUGCUCAAGCAAUGGUUCAGGAUUCUAACAACAACUUCUCCAGUGGUGCAACUCAUUACAUUGUAACACGAUUACCACAGGAGAUUGAGCAUGACUCUAGAGUGUAUUCGCAUACUGUGAUAGAGAAAGAAGCAGCUCAAGAACUUUUGCAGGCUGGCACAGUUAUAAAUUCCAAUAAUGUAUGUUCUAAUGGAAGUGCUGAACAACUAAGUAGCAUGCUCAUUUACACAGAAGAUGGUUCACAAACAGCUAUUAUCCAGGGCCAAAGAGAUAAUAAUGAACUAUAAAAGAUGUGAAAGUACUCUACCUAAUACGCCCAACAAGAGAAAUAAUUAAACAUCAGAUAUAUUAUGUUUUAUAUUUUAACUUAUAAAGCAUUCCUGAAUGGGAUUUCUCCAUUUUGCUGUUCAAUGCAUUUUAUGUGGUCUUAGCAUCACCAUCUGGGAAUGUUAUACAGAAAGGGAAUUCUCCUUGUUUUUGCAUGAACACUGAUCAGAGUGUCACUGGUUAUAGAUACUGAAAGAUUUACAAAAUAAAAUAAGAACAAACAUAGAUGCAACUACCAAGAUAUCAAUUUAAUUAUCUUCAUUAGAUAGUUUGGGUUAUUUUGCUUAUCACCUCUUCGUUAUAUUUUGACUUUCUGAUAGCUUUAUCUUUCUUGUGAUUAAUUAUGUAAUUUGACUUAUCUGACUUUCUGUAGGGAGAGCAAAUUAAAUAUGCAGGUACUCAUAUCACCCAAUUGACACAGACAUCGACAAUUUAUAGAUUAAGGCAUUCUGCAUAUAUGCUAGUUUUACAUUCCAAACCUGUAUAACUACACCCCAAUUAUUUCUACUCAAAAUGCAGUGUUCCCAAUGAAAAAAAAAAUUGUGGUGUGAUUGAAAUGCCUUUUUUAAAAAAAUGUUUUUUGUGAAUUCUCCCCCCACUGGACAUCAUGCGAUCCCUCUGAAAUCAACUCUUGUGGAGGUGUUAGCAAAAGAAAGUCACUAAUGCCUGUUAUGUAAUCAUUGCUGGGAUUUUUUUUAAAAAAAACUAAUAUUCUCCAAAUAUAUACCAUUUUGCAGUUUGUUUUAUGAAUGGGCUUUGCAAACAUUUGAUGAGCCUUUCCAUGUUAAAUUCUGCGAUUAAUUUUAAGUGAGAAAAGUUGAGUGAUCCAUUUCUUGUUGGAUCAGAAUGUUGAUUAUUUCGUUGUGGAUAAGUUCUGAUUGUUUAGAGUAAGUUCCUGCCAAAAACAAAUAUUUUUCUGCUAUGAAAACUUCUGUUUUUCCUUAGGAAAUGUAAACUAUCAUAUAUAGGGGAACAGUUGGUUCUUUACAAUAAAAAAAAACUAGC